UGUGUAGCCUGCCAGCUGAAACGGGAAAUUGUAGGGGUUACUCCCUUCAGUACUUUUACAACUCAACAUCUAGAGCAUGUGAACAGUUCGUUUAUGGAUUAUGUGGUGGCAACGCCAACAGAUUUCCCAAUAUCGCUGCUUGUAAAUCUGCAUGCCAAAGAGGGAACCUGGUGGGUUACUCCCUUCAGUACUUUUACAACUCAACAUCUGGAGCAUGUGAAACGUUCGUUUAUGGACUGUGUAAUGGCAACGACAACAGAUUUCCCAAUAUCGCUGCCUGUCAAGCUGCAUGCCAGAGAGGGAACCCG